AUGUCCAAGCUUUUACUACUGUGUUUGGCGAUUUUCGCCCUAACAUCAGCUGAUCACCCAGCAUGGCACAGAGAUUUCGAGCCAAUCCCCAUAACUGACAAUACAACGAGAAGCAUUGAACAGGUUUAUAGAUUACCAGAGACAGUUAAACCAUUGGAAUACGAUAUUUAUUUAGAUUUGUACUUCGCUGAAAGAACAGACAGGCCCUUCAGUUAUGAUGGUAGAGAGACCAUCAUUAUAGAGGCAGUAGCAGAAGGCGUAACUCAAAUUGUUCUACAUUCAAACGUAGACAGCAUCAACGCUGUUUCUGUGCUAACGGAAAGUGGCGCACCAUUCCCCGUUAAUACAAGGGAGCCUUUCACACUGGAACCUCAGUAUCAUUUCCUAAAAAUUAAUUUGAACGAACCCUUAGUUGUUGGACAGAAAUACUCUUUGUAUAUUGAAUAUUCUAGCACAAUGAACGAAGGCCCAAUGAAGAGGGGUAUUUGGAGGGGAUGGUACAUCGACAACGAUGGUACAGAAAGGAUCUACGCGACAACCCAUUUCCAGCCGUAUAAUGCGAGACAGGCAUUCCCAUGCUGGGACGAGCCACUGUUCAAGUCAGUCUUCAAACUUCACAUCUCGAAGCCGAAAUCCUACACCGGCACGUUCUCAAACACUGGCGUCGAAACUUUUAGGUUUGAAGAAGCUGAUCGCAUUCGAAGCAAUUUUCUGGCGACACCAAAAAUGUCUUCGUACCUGGUUACGUUUCUUGUUAGCGAAACUUUCCAAGUAUUGGCCGAGGACACUUCCUUCACUCCGCCUGUAAGGAUCAUUGGCCGGUCCAACACAGCAGGUCUUGCCGACCACGCAUUGGAACUAGCAGUCCGUAUGACCAGAUACUAUGAUGAAUAUUUCGGGAUUCCGUACUCGACGCUGCACCCAAAUCUACUCAAUGAUCAUAUUUCUUCCCCUGAUUGGGCUUCGGCUGGCACAGAAAAUUGGGGAAUGGUCAGUUAUAGGGAACUCUACCUCAUCAUUGAUCCUCGUGAAACAGUCAUGUCCGUGGAGCAUUACGCUGCCACGUUGGUCUCCCACGAGCUCGCGCACAAAUGGUUCGGUAAUCUGAUCACAUGUUACUGGUGGAGCAACACUUGGAUCAACGAAGGCUUUGCCAGUUACUUCGGGUACAUUCCUACCUCUCAGAUGUUUCCCGAGUAUGAGCAUCAUGAGCAUUUUAACGCCCGCUACGUUUCGUCAUCGCUAUCGUUCGACUCUGGCGUCAGCACCGUGCCUCUGAACCAUGACGUAAACACACCAGCCCAAGUCACCGGCCACUUUGGAACCAUCAGUUACUCUAAGGGCGCCGUAUUCCUCAGGAUGACUGCUGACAUCAUCACCGAUGAGACUUUCCGAAAAGCUUGCCGUUACUUCUUGAUUAAUAACGCUUUCGAACCAACGGAUCAAUACGACUUAUUGAAAGCUUUCAAUCAAGCUAUAAUAGAAGACGGAAGUGUGUCUCAAUAUUCCAAUUUUAACUUUGAAGAGUACUACCGCAUUUGGGUCAACGAACCCGGAUAUCCGUUGCUGACGGUUACGGUUGACCAUGGUGACGGAACUAUUACUCUCAGUCAGGAACGAUUCUUCUUGAGUGCAUCUGCUACCCCGACAGACCAUAUAUAUCCAAUUCCUAUCACAUAUAGUAGUAAAAGCAAUAAUAACUUUGACAACGUCCGACCGGUCCGUAUAAUGACCACUAAGACUGAUGCUUUCAAUGCUGGAGUUAAAGGAGAGUGGGUUAUCUUCAACAAUCUUCAACACGGACAUUAUAGAGUUACAUAUGAUGAUACAACAUGGAAUUUGAUAGCAGAUGCUUUGCUUAACGAAAGAGAGUCUAUUCAUCAUCUAAAUAGAGCUGAGAUUGUGGAUGACAUCUUCGCCCUCAUGAGGUCGGGCAGAAUGACUUACAGUUUUGGUUUCAAAAUCCUUCGCUUCUUGCGCAAUGAAUCUAACUACCACGUGUGGGAUGCAGCCAUCACUGGCUACACUUGGUUGAGAAAUAGACUCAGACAUUUACCAGAUCAAGCUACGUUUGACGCUCACAUUCUGGAAUUAAUGGAAACAGUCAUUAAUACUUAUGGCUUUGAUGCCGCGGCUAAUGAGCCUCCUACAACGAGUAUGGCAAGACAAACUGUACUACAAUUCGCUUGCAACCUUGGACACACAAAGUGCAUCCAAGAAUCGUACGACAAAUUCAGAGAAAUGAGAAGUGGUAAAUGGGUUAGUCCUCAGAUACGUCGUAACGUCUAUAUGACUGGCAUGAGAGAGGGAGACAGUUCAGAUUUCGAAUACUUACUAAACCGUUUUCGGCAAUCGAACUUUGCUAACGAUCAGCUAGAAAUGCUCAGAGGAUUGGGAGCUUCUAAAGAUUCUCAAUUAUUGACUCGAUACUUGCAGUUGACCUUGACUAGGGAGGUGAGAUCGCACGAUAAAGCUACGUCCUUCAACUACGCUCUGCUUGGUAACCAAGAGAACGCUAACACGGUACUCCAGUUCGUGAAGAACAAUAUUGCUGCUAUAAGAACAGCAUACAUUGAAGACGCUCCACCAACUCCAGUGCAUACAGCAUUGUCUAAUCUCGCUGCUUACCUUGAUGAAUCAGGUCUAGAUGAAUAUGAAACUUGGCUACGUUCCACACAGACCAACAUACCGCAGUACAAUAGGGCGCUCUCAGCAAUUAAUUCGGCUCGGAGUAACAUUGCUUGGGGCACUGCUAAUGCCGAAAUGUUAUUAGCUGCUGCACGGGACAGUGCAACCGCAGUUGUGACUUCUGCUGCAUUGUUGGCUAUAGCUACACUGUUCGCUUUAAUAAUGUAA